AUGGAUGUAAGAAUUGUUGGGGACGAGAGAAGGAUGAACAUGAUAUCGGCCUCUUCUGUGUUCAUCAACGACCAAGCAAGUAACAACAAUGUCAUCAACCUGUUGAAUAAUAAUCAUAAUCAAAAUAAUAAUAGUGGUGUCAAUCAUCCUCAUCAUCAACAGUAUCAAAACAAUCAUCAUCAAAUUGUUGUUGCAGGAAUGACCAAUAAUAGUAGCACUAUAAAUGGAAAUAGUAGUGGAGCAUUGAAGGCAGGGGUGGUUCUCCGAACCAGAGUGGAGCUUCCACAAUUUGAUUUUCAAGGCUUGCCUCAAAUCCCAGUCUCGUCGGGUUAUGCCAAGAGGUUGAGCGAGAUCAAACAAUAUGGACCCAAUACGUUUGUUUUGAAUAAAUCGGAGAAACCACCAUCAUCAGGCACACAGCGUGCGAUGGUCUAUCAGUACACUACCGAAAGUAUCGCCAACAGAAAAUUGAUGCAGGAGAGAGAACAAGUUACCUUGCCUAAUAUUCGAUCUCGGGAAUCAAAAUCAGCUCAGUCGUUGGGAAAGCCUGUUCAAAUCCUUAAUAGACAAACGGUGAUGAAAUUAACUCAUGCAGAAACGGAAGAGGAAGUUUUGGAAUGCCUGGCAUCAGAUAAGGAUCUAGAAGGAGUAGAGCAAGAGGAUAUGGAUUCAUUCAGAAAUUUAUAUUAUCUUGAUGUGUCUGGAAAUUAUAUUCCUUUUGAGCAGUUGGCUUCUAUUCCCUCACUGAGAAAUUUAAAUAUUGGAUGUAACGCCCUUUCAGGUAUUUCAAUACCCCAAAAUGUGGAUAAUGCAUUUGCCAAAUUGGAGAUUUUAAAUCUUUCUUAUAAUACUUUUUCGGAUCCAUACUUAUUUAAUGAGCUGGGAAAAUUGAAACAAUUAAGAAAACUUGACUUGAGCGGAAAUAACUUACAAGGGCUCCCAAAUGAUCUUUCACAAUUUAACCUCACUGAAAUUAUUCUAGAGGACAAUGUGUUAGAUUUUUCUGUAUUCUAUUCUUUGAGCUCAAUACCAAGUCUUGUUGAAAUAUCUCUCAACAAGAACAAAAUUGAGAAAAUUCCUAAAAUUCGAAAAGAAAUAUUUCCAAACCUCCUUCGCCUACGACUGGAAGAAAAUGAAAUUACGACACAUGAAGAUUUGUACGUCAACGAAUUCUCCUGUCUGGAAGUUUUGUAUAUUAGCUCGAAUCCUAUCAUUAAUAGAAGCAAGGACCUAGAGAGAUCUAGAUAUAACUGUAACAAGAGAAAUAUCCAACUGAUCAUUUCAGGAUCCGUCAUUCCUUCAGAAAAAUUGCCUGUCACCAAAUUCUACAAGUUAAACUCCAUGAUUAAUGUAAAUAGUAUUAACAAAAAAACGCAACCGCUUCCAACUCGAGAGAAGGAAAUUGACAAUUCAAAGGAAGAGGACACUGAUAGCUCUUUCUUCAUAACUGCGGUUCCAAGGCUAGAUCUAAAGGCCGUUUCUGAAAAGGAGCAAGGCUCUGAAAAGAUUCUAACCCCAACAAGUCCUUUCCGAUCGCCCACCACCAAACUCUUCACAGCACAAUCUGCUUCAGAAAUCAAGAAAAUUACUGAAUCCUAUGAUAGAAUGAAUGACAUUGGCAAGAAAGUCAAGGUCACCUAUGAUGUCAAAGAUCUUCGCAAGAGCUCACGAAUGCCAGCCGACAGGUAUGAAUAUAAUAAGGAUUGGUUCGAUCUGGAUGUGGCACUCAAUAAUGUGGAUGAAUCACUAGAUGAAGAAAUUAAGAGAAAUGCCUCAAUGAUAUCUCAAGAAAAGCAAAAGUUGGCCCUCUAUAAUGACAGUGUUGACCUUUACAAAACCAAUCUAUCGGAUAAGAAGAAUACGUAUCGUGCCCUCAAAUUUGCGAUCGAAAAUCCCAUUAAGUUGCCAUUUGCUGCCAUUAGGGAGAGUACAAGUGACACCACCAAGACGUCGCUCGAUGUGAGUGCACUGAAGAGCUUGUAUAGUUAA